AUGGCAGCACCACCUACCCCACAAGAGGGAGCUUCACAAACACGACCACCACUGUUCAAUGGAAAAUAUUAUGGAUGGUGGAAAAAUCGUAUGAUGGACCAUCUUAUUGGCGAAAACCCUGAUCUAUGGGGAGUAAUUCUAGAUGGCCCAACCAUACCUAUGAAAACCGCAACUGAUGGAAUCACCAAAAUCCCAAAGGAAAGAAAAGAAUGGAAUUUUGAAGACAAGCUUGCAAUUCAAAACAAUGCCAAAGCCAAGAAAAUUCUGAUAUGUGGCAUAGGACCAGACGAAUACAAUCGAAUCUCGUCAUGUCAAGAUGCCAAAGCCAUAUGGGAAACACUGCAAACAGCUCAUGAGGGAACAACGCAAGUCAAGAAGUCUAAAAUUGAUAACUUGAACAGGCAAUAUCAGCUGUUUAGGAUGGCAGAAGGAGAGACUAUUCAAGACAUGCACACCAGGUUCACCUCCAUCAUCAAUGAGAUGUACUCUUUAGGAGAGAUAGUGCCUAACGGAAAAGCAGUAAGGAAACUCUUGAGUGUCCUUCCUAAAACUUGGGAAAGAAAAGUCGAGGAUAUCACUGAAGCCCGCGACCUAGACUCACUGGGAAUGGAUGAGUUAAUUGGUAAUCUCAUCACAUACGAACUUAAGAAAAACCAAGAAAAGAAAAUUGGAGGAAAAAGAAAGGAAAGGAACCUGGUUCUAAAGGCUACUGCAUCAGAUGAUUUUGAAGAUGAAAAUAUUGCCCUCAUAACUAAAAGGUUCACUAGAAUGCUAAAGAGAGGGCAGACCUUUCAAAAGAAAGCUUUUCAAAAACCAUCUGAAAACACUAAAGACCAGGUUUGUCAUAAGUGUGGGAGUCCAGAUCACUUCAUCAAAUUCUGUCCACUUUGGGCCUUAGAGCAGAAAAAGGCAAACUUUGAGAAGGGCAAAGACAUCAAAAAGGAUAAGUCUGUCCCCUCAAACAGAAGAAUGACGACUCAAGAGGCAGAUAUGUCAAUGAAGAGGGCCUUUGCAGCAAUGGGAAAUUCAUUUGAGGAAGAGUUUGAGGGUGAUGAUACAGAAAAUCAGUCUCUUCUUGCACUAGAACAAGAAGAUGAUUAUGACUUUCUUGCCCUUGUAGCAGUGGAAACCAAGGAAGAAAAGGAAACCUGCAGAUCACAAGAAACCAUACUAGCACUCAUGGAUGGAUCAGAUUCUGAAGAUGAUGAAGAAGAUGACAAUCAAAGCAAG